AUGGGCAUGGAUGAACUAGUAGAAAAUAUAGAAUGUGUGGAAGCAACUGAAAGCGUGACACAUUUUAACAUGAUUACAGGAAGAAAUGUAGUGUUUCUGCUCUCCGUUUGGUCGCUACACUCAAGGAGUCCAAAAGAAGUGCAUGAAGUUUUGGAAAGGUUAUCAGAUGUUUCAGAAGUACUAAUGCAGUCAAGAGGAAGGACCCUAAAUGGCCAAGUGGGAACUGACAAUGUUGGUUUUGAGGAUGAGGGCGAAAAUGGUGGCCACAUCAGUGAUACUAGUAGGAAUACCGGCGGUGGUAUUGGUGAGCAUACCAAUGAUAUGGGGGAUACUGGUGGUGGUGGUGUUGGUGAUUAUAACGGGGAUAUUGGUGAUGAAGGCGGUGUUGAUGGGGAUAUUUGGGAUAAUGGCGGUGACAAUGGCGGUUAUGAGGAACCCACACAUAUCAGUGAUAUGUCCUGA